GCGGGCGCGCGGGCCAGCCAGCCAGCGAGGGGCGCGGAGAGAAAAGGCGCGAGCCGACGAGAGGACGCACGGGCCGGAGGACACCUUGCUGCUGCCGCUGCUGCUGCUGCUGCUGCCGCCGAGCUGCCCCUGUGCUUACUGAGCCACCUCCAGGUCCGCCACUAUGUCGAGCCGGGGAGGGAAGAAGAAAUCCACCAAAACCUCCCGAUCUGCCAAGGCGGGAGUCAUCUUCCCUGUGGGGCGGAUGCUGAGGUACAUCAAGAAAGGCCACCCAAAGUACAGGAUUGGAGUAGGGGCACCAGUGUACAUGGCCGCUGUCCUGGAGUACCUGACAGCGGAGAUUUUGGAGCUGGCUGGCAAUGCAGCGAGGGACAACAAGAAGGGGCGGGUCACACCUCGGCACAUCCUGCUGGCUGUGGCCAACGAUGAAGAGCUGAAUCAGCUACUCAAAGGAGUCACCAUAGCCAGUGGGGGAGUACUGCCCAAUAUCCACCCUGAGCUGCUAGCGAAGAAACGAGGAUCCAAAGGGAAGUUGGAAGCCAUCAUCACACCACCCCCAGCCAAAAAGGCCAAAUCUCCAUCUCAGAAGAAGCCAGUGUCUAAGAAAACAGGAGGCAAGAAAGGGGCCAGGAAAUCCAAGAAGAAGCAGGGAGAAGUCAGCAAGGCAGCCAGCGCUGAUAGCACUACUGAGGGCACGCCUGCUGAUGGCUUCACGGUCCUCUCCACCAAGAGCCUCUUUCUCGGCCAGAAGCUGAACCUUAUUCACAGUGAAAUCAGUAAUUUAGCCGGCUUUGAGGUGGAGGCCAUAAUCAAUCCUACCAAUGCUGACAUUGACCUUAAAGAUGACCUAGGAAACACGCUGGAGAAGAAAGGUGGCAAGGAGUUUGUGGAAGCGGUUCUGGAACUCCGGAAAAAGAACGGGCCCUUGGAAGUGGCUGGAGCUGCUGUUAGUGCAGGCCAUGGCUUGCCUGCCAAGUUCGUGAUCCACUGUAACAGUCCCGUCUGGGGUGCGGACAAGUGUGAGGAACUUCUGGAAAAGACAGUGAAGAACUGCUUGGCACUGGCCGAUGAUAAGAAGCUGAAGUCUAUCGCCUUUCCAUCCAUUGGCAGCGGGAGAAAUGGCUUCCCGAAACAGACAGCAGCACAGCUGAUUCUGAAGGCCAUCUCCAGUUACUUCGUGUCCACCAUGUCCUCCUCCAUCAAGACGGUGUACUUCGUGCUCUUUGACAGCGAGAGUAUAGGCAUCUACGUGCAGGAAAUGGCCAAGCUGGAUGCCAACUAGCCUGCGGAACUAUGAGCCAGCCCGCGCCUCUCCCUGCCUCCCAUCAGAAAGAAAAGAAAAAAGAAUCCCCUUUCCCUCUUGGGAGACAGGGGCCCUCCAUUUCCAUUUCACUCAUCUAGGGAGAAUAAGGCCUUGGUUCCAGUCUAAUUGUUUUUGACCUUCUCCAUGUUCUCCGUUAGCACUGAUAGUUGGCAUUGCUGUUGUUAAAGCACUGUUUCCAGACCGUGUCUGUCCUUAGUGUGACCUAGGAGAUUUUCUAGUUUUAUUUUAAUGAGAUCCUGCGUGGUGGGUGCACAGCAGCGGGAAGGCCGCGCCCUCUCCGCGGGGCAGAAUCCAGGAACCCCAUUUUGUAACCUGUGUGUCGUGGUGCUUUAUUGUACGCCCAGUGGCAUUCUUUUUACUAUAAUGUCCCUCCCUCAUCCCCCCUUUUUUCCUCAAGAAGAAAAAAAUCAUGAAUUUUCAGCAGAUUUAAUUUUUUGUUUACUUUUUUGUCUUAAUGAUGGAUUUGAAAACAGAUUUAAAAGGCAGAAUAGGGAUUUGAAGCCCUUAAUUAUAUUUGCAAUUGGGAAUUUCUGUGAAUUGAUUUAGUAAAAUGCUAAACUGGUGUCAUGA